CACUAAUUAAGAUAAGUUUGGAAUGAUUUAUUUCAGACGCAAUUCAAGGUAGAUAAUGCCCAUUUCACACAAAAUUGUAGUCUGAACUGUGUUCAAAACCAAACAUCUCUAAACAUCAAACUUUUCAUUAUAACGAAGUUCUUUAACCAUCAGGCCCCAGAAGUUUGUUGUAACAAGAUUUUACUGUAUAAUAUAUAGUGUAUACUGUAGUGACGCAUGGAUGGUGGGUAUUGGAUUGCCGUAUAUGCUGGUGUGUCUGGGUCAUCGACAGUGUCCAUGUUCCUCACCGACUGCAUGGUGCCCCUGGCCCUGGAGCUUGGCGCCCCCUACGCCUUCAUCAGCCCGGCGGACGUGUUCCCGCUGGUCUCGACCGCCUUCGGCAAUCGCCUGUCGCCGUCCUUCGUCCCAUUCCCCGUUUUCCCCUUCACGGACAGGAUGACGUUCCUCCAGAGGUUCGUCAACGUCCUGGGGACCACGGUGUUGGAUUUCUUCAUGUCCUGGUCCCUGGACGCCUUGGUCGACCAAGUCAACCUGGCCGAGUACGGGCCCGGUACUCCGACAGUCGCCGAGCUCCGGAGGAACGCGUCCCUGCUCAUCCUCAACACGGUUCCGGGCAUGGAAUUGGCCAAACCCAUCAUGCCCGGCGUGGUGCAGGCAGGAGGGAUGCAUUGCAAGCCCUCCAAACCGCUCCCGAAGGAACUGGAGGACUGGGUUUCUGGGUCCUCGAACGGAUUCAUCUACUUCAGCCUGGGCUCGGCAGUGCAAGGGAAAAUGAUGCCGGAAAAGUUCCGCAAGAUGUUCGUGGAAGCCUUCGCUCGAUUCCCGCAGUACCGCAUUCUCUGGAAGUGGGAGACCGAAGUCAUGGAUGAUUUGCCCAAGCACGUCAAGCUCUCCAAGUGGCUUCCUCAGCAAGAUCUCUUGGGUACACAAGGUGAUACGUUUUAUAUGAAACCUGCUGUCCUUCUGCUGGUGCCCCACGUACUGUAUGAAGGUCACAAGGACAUCAAGCUCUUCAUCACGCACGGAGGACUCCUGAGCACCCAAGAGGCCACGUAUCACGGGGUCCCGGUCGUGGGCAUUCCCAUCGGGGCCGACCAAAUGCUCAACAUGAAGCGCACGGAGAACGAAGGAGCAGGACUGACGCUCGAGUGGAGCUCGCUGACCACCGAGGGCAUCUACAACGCCGUUCUCCGGGUGCUCAGUGAACCGAGCUUCCGGGAGAACUUGAAGCGAAGGUCGGCCAUCAUGCGAGACCAGCCACAGACGCCCCUGGACCGGGCCGUGUACUGGACCGAGUACGUGAUCCGACACAAGGGCGCCGCGCAUCUCCGCUCCGCCGCCAGGGACCUCACGUGGUGGCAGUACCACCUGCUGGACGUGUGGCUCUUCGUGGGCGCCGUUCUGCUCGGCUUCCUCCUCGUCGCGUAUUUCGUGACCCGAUGCUUCCUCCGGUGCCUCGGGCGGAAACUCUUCGGCGUGCCUGCUGCCAUGGGCGACAAGAAGAGGCAGUGACGAAACGAGGUUCACUGACUGCUGAUGCCAGUAUACCGCGAUCGGUCGUCGGCUUCAUUCACGCGUGGCUUUCUCUUCGAUCGAGUUCUUAUUUGCUACGAACAUUCUCGGACAAAAAAGUUACUGUAUAUGAUAUUUCUGCUAAUGGGUACGUUUUGGCAUAAAAGGGGUACGUUGUUAUUUGAUGAAAGAAAAA